AUGCCGGCGACACGUCUCACCUAUGACCAUCUGCCCCUUCACGGCAAGGUCUAUGCCGUCACGGGCGGUGCCAGCGGUAUUGGACUUGCGACAGCCAAGCUUCUUUCGAUGAGGGGGGCGGCCGUCUGCAUCGCCGACAUCGACCCAGAGGCCAUGAAAGCAGCUGAGGCCCACUUCACGCCUCUCCAGGUGCCGUUCAUGGUGUCAAAGGUUGAUGUGUCGAGAAGAUCCGAGGUAGACUCUUGGAUCGACACCAUCAUCCGGGAACAUGGCCGUCUAGAUGGCGCCGCAAACGUGGCCGGCGUCAUUGGCAAGGUUCACGGCACCACCGCAGUGACCGACAUGGAGGACGGCGAGUGGGAUAGAAUCAUUGCCGUGAACCUCACGGGCACCAUGUACUGCAUGCGCGCGCAAUUACGCAGCAUCGCAGACAAGGGGUCCAUCGUCAACAUAUCAUCCAUCCAUGGUCUCAAGGGCUUUGCGAAACACUCGGCGUACGAUGCCAGCAAGCACGCCGUCAUUGGUCUGACCAAGGCGGCGGCUCUGGAGAACGGAGACCGCGAGAUUAGGGUCAACAGCGUCGCGCCAGGUUCGGUCUACACGCCACUGAUGCAGAAGGAAUGGGACCACAGCGGACGCGCGAAGGACGCUCCGUUUGAUGAGCCCACUGCGUUCCGGCGGUUUGGGACCGUCGAAGAGACGGCCAAUGUCAUUUGCUUCCUGCUGGGGCCCGACAGUUCGUUUGUGAGCGUCGCAGCUGGAACCACUCUCUGGCCCGGGCAAAUUUCACAGCACUCGAAGUAUCAGAACGCCAACAACUCGACAGCUGUCGACUCCUCUGUUCAAGGUGGGCGAUGGAAGAUCUUCGCAGCCAACCGUCUCCCGAGCCCGAGACGAAUGGUCGGGGGAGCCAGGAUGGGGCGGACGCGGAGCAUGCAAGGCCAAGGAAGAGGACGCGGGUCGCAUGCGACAAGUGCAGUACGUCUCGGACCCGCUGCGACGGCCAGUAUCCGUGUCGACGUUGUCAAGGCAAAUUACGGUUACACCUGUAACUAUGACCGACAAAUCAAGAAACGCGGUCGCGUCCCCCGCAACGAAACAGCACCCAGGAGUCUUUCCAACUGCGAAUCGUCCGCUAAUGAGACCUCGUACCCGGAUCAGCAUCCAGCGAGCUCGCCUGCCGCCGAAUCGGAGCCUCCGUCAGGCGCCUUCGAUCAGCGGCAACAGGUGGCCGAGUCGCAGCAGAAUCUUGCCGUUCCAGAGACACACGCUCAUGUUGGGUUGGACACGGCCAAUGGGGGCUACUUGCCUCAACAAGCCAUCUCCCCGCCAUACGCCAUGUAUGCCAACGAAGGCUACGCGGCUGGUCUGAGACACACAAAUCAUCCGAGGCUGGGUGACGCUGUUGUGUCGGAGCCCAGCGAUGGUCACCCGUCCCCUGCAAACCUCAAUCCAUUGCACGAUCCACACGCCUCGACAAAGCCGCAUCCGCAACAGCAGCGCGCAAGAGCAUCAUUCAGCACAAUCGUCAGGCCGCACGGAUUCGGACCCUUCAGCCCGAUACCGUCGGAUGGCUCUCAGGGCGGCGGCCAGCAAAGAGGCUCACAGUAUGGUGUCUCGGCUGCCGACUGUCGCUACCGCUGUCUCGACCCUCUUCUCCCCUAUCUUGGCGAUGUCUUGCCUGCGUCUGUGGCUUGUGACCUCUUUGAUGUCUAUCUCGUGGAUCCCGGAAGCUCGUUAUUUCGCUGCGCCUCGCCAUACAUCUUGACGCGAAUAUUCCGGAAGAAAUCGCUGCUUCAUCCAACUAAUCCGCGACCCAUGUCGCCGGCGCUUCUGGCCACAAUUCUUUGGUGCUGCGCCCAGACUGCCGACAUAUCUCUGCUUCUUGUUCCGGGAUCGAGAUCACGAGUCACAAACGCACUCUACGAGCUCGCCACAUUUCUCAUUACUGACCGAGACCCCGACAGAUGGCGAAGAAUACACGGGGGACUGCGCAUAGAGAAUGAACAGGUAUCCGAGCAGUACCCCUACAACUCCAAUCUCCCAAGCACCACGGAGAGCAAUGAGCCGGCCGGUGCCAUUGAUGAUGUGCUCACAUUCAUCCUCCUCUGCAUUGGGGUGUCCGGAGGCGACUUCAAGUCGGACUGUCUCAAAUGGUGGAGCAAAGCAGCCAGGCUUGCGCUGUCACUCCGUUUGAACCGACUGGAUGAGGACUCAUCACUGUCCGGACUGUCCUCUCCCCCACGAAAGCACAAGGGUCAGCUGCUCCUGGCUACACUUGAGGCUGAGGAAGAGAAGAGACGAGUCUUCUGGUUGCUUUAUUCGCUCGACCGACAUCUUGCGCUGUCGUUCAAUCGAGUCCUCCAAAUUCCGGAUUCGAGUUGUGAAGUUUAUGCCCCAUUGGCGGAGAGCGUUUGGGAGACGCUAGAUGAAGUGCUCCUUCUCGGACCGCCAGCCAGGACGAUAGGCCCCCUGAGCACGAUAUCUGGUUCCAGUUUCUUUGAAUACUUCCUCCCGCUGAUGGUCAUCCUCGGCGACAUCAUCGAAGUUCACCAUGGCAAGCACCAUCCUCGCCUUGGGAGCCUGGACAACAGCAUCGCCGUCUCUGUCAUUGGCAACAUGAUAAGCGAGUGCGAGGAGAGUCUUGCCAGGCUUGCGCACGAGGCUGAUGUGCGACACUCAGCAUACGGAAAUCCUGACACACCGAUGCUCAUCAGCAAUCUGGUGACCGGCCUGCCAGACAACAGUCAUCAAGCACCACCACCACCGAGUCGGAGUCACGAUACCCACGAUGAUCGAUCUGAUGUGCGUCUUGUGGUCGCUUACAGUACGCAUAUUCUCCAUGUCAUGCACGUCUUGUUGCACGGCAAGUGGGACGCCAUCAGCAUGCUGGACAAUGAGGAUGACUGGAUCACUACGUCGCGCUUUGCCGAGUGCGCGUCGCACGCCAUUGCUGCUUCCGAGGCCGUGUCCGAUAUUCUCAAGUUUGAUCCAGAACUGACUUUUAUGCCGUACCUCUUCGGUAUAUAUCUACUGCACGGUAGCUUCAUCCUGUUGCUAUUUGCCGACCGGAUGCCUCAGCUCGGACCCAAUCAGAGCGUCGAGCAGGCGUGCGAGACCAUCAUCAGAGCCCACGAGGUCUGCGUUGUGACCUUGAGCACAGAGUUUCAGCGGAAUUUUCGACGAGUCGUACGAUCCACGCUGUACAGUGUACGAGGCUCCAGUCCCAAAGGUUGGGAGGAGCACAAGCUGGCGCGGAGGAGAGUACUCUCACUGUACAGAUGGACCAAAGGAGCCAAGGGACUGGGAAUCUGA